UUAAUGUUUUAAACCUGGGUCGGAAUAGAGAGGCUACUGUUCAGUCUAGACUAGUCUCGCCUUCUCUGAAUUUAGACUACAUACAUGCUUUGCGUGACGGAAGAGACAAAUCAAGUGCGUGGUCUAUCCAAAAAUAUUACUGAGUGGAGUCUGUCUCACUACCUAACAAUUAAGCUACUUUUAGGCUACUGUACUUGAUUGAAGAUUGAAGACAAGACUAAAUGGAAGACCAGACUGUAUAGACCUCACCCUCGUGUUAUAUGCUAAAAUAACGCUACUACAGUUUCAAGUAAUUAAUUGCCGAGAACCAAGACUCAGAAAAGCAUGAGUCUGCUCGCGCUCUUUGCAGUCUUUUUAGGACUAUUUUUUCCGGUGAACGCUUCGGACGUUUCCCACAAACCUAGAGUGACAUUGACAGACAAAGAUGUGAGCUUCCUAAGAAUCCACCUGUCUGGGAAUAACAGCCGUAUAGAGCUCUUGCAUGGCCCUCAUGACAACAUAGUAUAUGCUACAGGCAGCAUAAACCUGUUCCAGACAAACUUCAACAGUUCUAAGACCUCUACAAUGGGUCCUGUGUUUGGAGAGGGUUGUAGAAGUAAUGAUCCCACAUCACCAGACUGUCACUAUAACAUCACUGUUUUAUGCAAGACUAAAGAUCCAAACCAACUGUUCCUGUGUGGAACCAAUGGACAACAACACACAUUGUGCUGUUACAUGAACCCAUCAGACGACCCGUUUAUCUGCACUCCAUCCAAGGACAUCCAAGACAUUAAACAACACAUAAAUGAAAGAGAGCCAUCGCUCCUCAUUGGUUCUCCUGAGGUAGAGCAGUUCUACACCACUCACUCAGGCACAGAGCGUUCCGUGGGGAUCAACAUGUUCGGGAAGAAGAAGCUAUGGACAGAAAACAGUGGAACAGAACAGAGAUAUGUGAGUUUGGUGGCUAGCGGGCAGAGAGAGGAUCGUCUGCAGGACAGACUAUAUGCUUUCUACAUAGAGAAGAACCGAGGCCCGUGUUUGGGCUGUGAUCUCUGGGUUCCCUGGGUUGCUCAAGUCUGCAUGGCUGAUCUUGGAGGGCCCAAGUCUUAUCUGCAGUUCAGGUGGACCUCCAAGCUGAGUGCCAGGCUCUUCUGUGGAGACCAUGACAGCAGGCUGUACUUCACCCAGCUAGUGGACGUGAACACUGUUCUGGCAGAGAGGUGGCAGGAUACCAGGGUCUAUGCACUCUUCAGGAAUGGCUGGGGAAUGAGUGCUGUAUGUGUCUACACCAUAGAAGAUAUUGACCACAUCUUUAAAACCUCCAACUUCGCUGGGCACACGGGGUCCAUUCCAAGCCCACGACCUGGGGAGUGUGUUAAAGACAGUACUAAACUCCCCAUGGAAGUCCUGAAGAUGGUGGACAAGGUUUCAGAGAUGAAGGAGGGGGUCACCAGUGGGCCUCUCCUGGUCACUCACCAGUAUUACCACCACAUCUGCGUGGACAGAGUCCAAGGCAAAGGGAAUGUCCUGUUUCUGUCUUUAGAGAAUGGAGGGAUUCAUAAGGUUCUGGAGAGGGAUGGUCAAGUCUUCGUCAUCGCUGAGUUACAACCUUUUAACUACAGCGCACACAUCCUCAGUAUGAUGUUGCACUCAUCCACGGGGAAGCUGUAUCUGGCCUCCAGCAGAGAGCUGGUUCAGAUUGACCUGGGCAGCUGUGAGCAGUAUGGAGCCCAGUGUGAAGACUGUGUCCUGGCCAGAGACCCUUACUGCGGCUGGGACGGCAUUCAUUGCACCGCAGCUACAAAUAAGACAAUUCAGGAUGUGGAGAACGGGAACCAUCAGGUAUGCAGCAACAUCUCCAGAGGAGUUACUGCAAGUAAAGUUUCCUUUCCAAGGUCACUAGUUGGCGCUGCAGAUGGAAUCAGAAUUCCUCUAUCUUCAAAGUACUUCCUCAGUUGCCCAACCUUGUCCAGCCAUGCUGAGUACAGCUGGAGGCACCAUGGCAACACCACAGCAACACCGUGCAUCUCCACAGGGUCAGAGCACCAGUGUCUCCUGCUAAUAGAGAGCAUGGGCCCUGAGCAGCAGGGAACAUACAGCUGUGUGUCUGAGGAGAGGGGCUACCACAGGACCCUGGUGCAAUACAAGUUACAGCUAGACAGUGGGGCCACAGGCCUGGCCUCUCCCUGCUUGGCUUGUCUGGGUCUGGUACUAACACUGGUCCUGACUUUGCUCUGCUAGAAUCAGCUCUGUGGGUUCUCACCCCAGCCCUUUGACCUAGCGGACUUGACUUGGACAUGUCUGCACUUGUACUUUGGUCUUGCUUACACCCACGCUACCUCAAGAAUAGUACAUGACAGUCAACAGUCAAGUGACUGAGCCAUUUCCUUUGUUUCUUUCACGAUCAAUUGGUCAAAAAACAGAACGCUGUAGAAGUUGAAGGAACUGCACUUGUGCUAAGUUAACGAUUUAUCUGGAGGAAUUGGCCUUUAUAUAUUUUAUAAUCAUGCUCUGUUUUCCAAUAUGGAACUUUGCAGAUGUUUCAAAUAUUUUAUGUGACAAUCUGAAUGUAUAGUAUAUUGCUAAAACACUUAAGUUUUAGAAAUUGUAGAAAUAUAUAUAUAUUUUCUUAACUUUUAAGUUUCAUGCUAACAGCAUGAUAGUUGUAAAUAUAUACAGUACCAGUUAAAAAUGUGGACAUUACAGGGUUUUUUAUUUAUUUGUACUAUUUUCUACAUUGUAGAAUUAUAGUGAAGAUAUCAAAACUAUGAAAUAACACAUAUGGAAUCAAAAAAUGAAACUAAUUUGGGCCAAGAAACAUGCAAUGGACAUUAGACUGGUGGAAAUCUGUCCUUUGGCCUGAUGAGUCAACAUUUUGGGUUCCAACUACCGUGUCUUUGUGAGACGCAAAGUAGGUGACCGCAUGAUCUCCACAUGUGUGGUUCCCACCGUGAAGCAUGGAGGAGGAGUUGUGAUGGUGCGGGGGUGCUUUGCUGUUCAAGGCACCCUUAACC